AAAAACAAUCCGUCUUCGAAAAAAUAUUGCUCCUCCACCCUGUGUGCAUCCCACUGAUUACACUGACGAAGUUUCGUAUAUUUGUACCUACUAAGAGCCUGCGAUCCUUGAAGAAACCAAAAAAUUCGAGCCACUAAGUUAAUAUAAAUGGUCUGAACAAGUGAAUUUAUGUAAUCGAAGUUUUAUUUUUGGUAGUUAAAAAAUGUUUGUGCAUUAAUGCACUUUACUAUAAACGAAACAGAAAUGUUUUCGAUGCAUGCACACUUACGUUUUUGCUCUACUUUCUGAUACUUUUUGAUACUUUAUGCAAUUUGGAAAUAUGGUAGAUUUGUGCCAUGAACUUCAUACAAGAACGAAGGUCGAUCAUGAACGUAGCGACAAAUUGAUAAAUUUAAAGCUCCUUGUUGUUGCAACUGAUCAAGCAUUAUGGAGCAAGACCAUUGCAAAUUUCUAUUUUAUAUUUCAAGCUCUUGAGGAAGAACUUUUUCGUCACAAAGAUCACAAACAUUUCUGGUGUCUCUAUAUUCCUGAGCUUUUGCGAUGCAAGGCAUUUGAAGAGGAUUUACAUUACUUCUUUGGGGACAAUUGGUCGUCUAUGGUUUCUCCAAGCCCAGCUACAAAAACCUUUACGCAACACAUCCACGCUGUUGGCAGAGACAAUCCGAUAUUGUUGGUAGCCUACUGUCACUCAUUUUACCUUGCAUUGAUGGCAGGUGGGCAGAUCAUAAAGAGCAUGAUAACGAAAUCUCUUGGUCUAAAAAACGGUCUUGGGACGGCCGCUUUUCAAUUUAGAACGAAGAGCGCGAGUCAGCUAAAGAAACAGUUGAAAGAUUCUAUAAACGGCCUUGGCGUUGAUGAGGAAAUGAAAAACAAACUCAUCAAAGAAAAGAUUCUUGCAUACAACAUGACCAAUGCAAUUGUUAAAGAGAUCAAGCUUGAACCUGCAUCAUUCGCUGGAAUUGUAAAAUUUCUGUUCGUGUUUCUAAUCAUACCACUGGUGAUGGCGUAUAUUAUAUACUGUCAAUACUGUGUAUAUUUUAGUAGACACUGAACUUCAUAUACAGAUUUAGGAUCAUUUAGAUAUCGGCCGGAAGCGUGUAACUUUAGUUACAACAUAACCUUCCAGUCGCAGUAAAAAAAGUAUACAAAAUUGCCAAAUAUGCAUGGCUGUAUUUUCCGCACUUUACAAUAUUUUGCAGCCAAACUUUGCAAUUUUACUAAGUUUAGUAUGCUCUUUUCGAAAAUUCCCUUUUUGUCCCAAAAUCAAAAGUUGGUCUAUUAUGCAUGCAACCUUAAACUUUGCAAAUAAAAAUCAACCACGGAGUGAAUAUAUUAUUACUUUGAACUAAACUUACAUUAAGGUUAAGGUAAAAUGUAAUCUAACUACUGCUAUUAUUGCGUAUAAUUAAAUUGAUUAACGAGUGUAAUUUUUUAAUAAAACGUGAUUUG